AAAUGAAGACGCAGUCAAUCAGAUGGCUGUCACGCCCUUUCCAUUACCGUCAAGUCCCCCGUCUUCUAUUGAGGAUCAGAGUGGCACCAAACCUGUUAGUUGUGAGGAAGAUGGCAGUUUUGAAGUUGGUGUUAAACAAUGGCCUGAAAGUGAAAGCUCCAAACUGGCCGUCAGCCAGAUGAAACAGCAAAAAUAUUCGGCAAAAGUCUCCUUCAGUUCACAAGAGAUACCAUUAGCACCAACUUCAUCAUACCAUUCAACAGAUGCAGACUUCACAGGCUAUGGUGGCUUCCAGGCUCCUCUGUCAGUGGACCCUGCAACGUGUCCCAUUGUCCCUGGCCAGGAAAUGAUCAUAGAAAUAUCCAAGGGACGUUCAGGGCUUGGUCUCAGCAUUGUUGGAGGAAAAGACACACCAUUGGUGAAUGGGAUUGACCUGAGGAGCUCCAGCCAUGAAGAAGCCAUCACAGCUCUGAGGCAGACCCCCCAGAAAGUGCGGCUGGUGGUGUAUAGAGACGAGGCACACUACAGGGACGAGGAGAACUUGGAGAUUUUCCCUGUGGAUCUGCAGAAGAAGGCUGGCCGAGGACUGGGCCUGAGCAUCGUUGGAAAAAGAAAUGGAAGCGGAGUGUUUAUUUCUGACAUCGUGAAAGGCGGAGCCGCAGACUUGGAUGGGAGAUUGAUUCAGGGAGAUCAGAUCUUGUCUGUGAAUGGGGAGGACAUGAGAAAUGCCUCACAGGAGACAGUGGCCACUAUCUUGAAGUGUGCACAGGGGCUUGUGCAGCUAGAGAUUGGAAGACUCCGAGCUGGUUCCUGGACCUCCAUGAGGAAGACAUCACAGAGCAGUCAGGGGGGUCAGCACAGCACACACAGCAGCUGUCGUCCUUCCUUUGCGCCUGUCAUUGCCGGCCUGCAAAACCUGGUUGGCACGAAAAGAGCUGCAGAUCCUUCCCAGAAAAAUUCAGGCACAGAUAUGGGACCAAGGACUGUUGAGAUAAUCAGGGAGCUCAGUGAUGCCCUCGGAAUCAGUAUUGCUGGAGGAAAAGGAAGUCCCUUAGGAGAUAUCCCUAUAUUUAUUGCCAUGAUUCAGGCCAGCGGAGUGGCUGCGCGUACACAGGAGCUUAAAGUUGGAGAUCGGAUUGUCAGCAUUAAUGGGCAACCUUUGGAUGGGCUGUCUCAUGCGGAUGUGGUUAAUCUGCUGAAGAACGCCUACGGGCGCAUUAUCCUGCAGGUAUUGCGAUCAAUGAAACAUGCAGCUGCAUGA